AUGAUAGUUUUUCGAAAUAAUUCAUUAACGAAUUGUUCUCAAUAUACAGAUGAUUAUGAAGUUCUUGUAUCAUUUCCAUUUCAUGUUGCUCUUAAUCCAUUAUCACAAAUAUUCAAAAAUACAAAUGGUUUAAUGGAUGCUAAUGAACAUAUAUAUUAUCUAAAUAUUAUUAAUCAAAAAUAUGUUCCAUUGACAGUUUAUUGUUUGAAAUAUUUACAAAAAUUAUAUAUUCGAAAGACGAGUUUUUAUAAUACUGAUUAUCAACUUCCAAUUGAGAUUAUUCAUCUUGCAUCAACGCUCACUACUUUAGGUAUUUAUGAUACUAGAAUUACUCAUUUACCAGAACAAAUCAGUAAAUUAAAGCAUUUACAAUCAUUAGAAUUGGUUAAUACUAAUUUAAUAGCUCUUCCGAAUGGUAUUGGUAAUUUAUCUUCAUUAACUUUGCUCUAUUUACCUAAUAAUAAACUAACUUCAUUACCUAAAACUAUCAAAAAUAUUCGAUUAUUAUCACAAAUUGUAUUAAAAAAUAAUCCAUAUCUUCGUUCAAUACAAUCAAUAAAUGGUUUGUCAAAUCUUCGAGUUUUACAAACAGAUAAUUGUCCAAUUGAACGUCUUCCACUUCAUUUACCACAAUUAACUGAUUUACAUAUGUCUAAAAAUAAUCUUUCACAUCUAAUUGGUAUUCGAACAUUAGGAUAUAAAACAAAUAAUAGUAAAUAUUUUUAUUUUACUAAUAACCGUAUUCAAUCAAUUCCACCUCAAAUUAAACAUGUUAAUAAUCUUUAUUUUCUCAAUCUUGAUUACAAUCAUUUAAUUAGUUUACCUUUAGAUAUAUUCAGCAUAACUACACUUCAUUAUUUAUAUAUUCGAAAUAAUGAUUUUAGUGUUACUGAAUUAAAAGCAAUUGUUGAUAAAUUUAAUGCUACACAUCCAUAUAUGAAUCUAUAUUAUUUAAAUAAAAAAAACUUCAAUAGUAAAAAACAUGAUUAA